UCACUGAUAUAUCCGUGGAUAUAUCAUUCGAAGUCCGGUGGUGCAGACUUUCUAACCUUGGAAAUUGGAAUUUACGGCGUCAUGUAGUGCUGGUCGUCUAUUGUCACUCACGUGUAUUUGGCGUUUAUUUUUAUAAUAACUACAAGGAUAUUCCAUCGUUAUUAAUUUCUCAGCAACUUUGUCACAACACUACAGAUGUGCAUUAACGAUCGUAUACGUAUAAUUACACACUGUAACUGAUUGUGAAUAAGAUAUCGAGUUCAAGAAUCCACGAAGUUCUGUGCCAGUAGAAUUUGUAUGCUCUCGGUGGAUAAGUGAAUGACAUGAGGCUGUGUUGUGCGCGGCUUGUUGAGUGAGAGAAAUGUGUCGCCGAGUGAAUUACUACAAAUUUCUUAACAGCUAAUAGCCGCAAAAUUACUGUUAUGCUUCUGUGAUCCUGUUACAAUGCCUUCGUAUUUGAUGAUACUACCGUGCCUCCUGGGGUUACUAGUUAUGUUUACAGGCACAUCAUUUGCCCAUGAUAUUAAGGGAGUAACGUACUGCGAGUUUUACAAUGAGUCUAUGUGUGUCGACCAGCAAAAAAACUGUUUUAAACAAGAAGAAUGUAUUCCCCAAGAAUCUAACACACGUCAUCACUGCUAUGUGCUUUGGGAAAGAAAUAGUACCACUGGGCAGACUAAUAUUAGAAUGAAGGGAUGCUUCUUAGAUAACCCGGAUUGCUAUGACAAAUUGGAAUGUAUUGAAAAAAGAAAUGAACGAAAAGAGCGGAUAAAAUUAUUUUUUUGCUGCUGCGAUGGAAACAUGUGUAAUCAAAAUUAUACAUGGGAUCCUACGCAAUCACCUCCACAGAUCGAUGAUAAUCACCCAGAAGGCGAACGUAAACCAGUUCCGAACGAUCAACAGCAUUACAUUACUAUUGUUGUGUCGGUCUCCAUUCCGAUGUUAUUACUUGCUUUCAUCCUGCUCAGCUUACACUGGUUUUAUCGACAACGUAAGCUAGCCUACUUCAACGAGGUACCGACAUUAGAGCCUCUUCCAUUACCGCAACCUUCCCCAAAUUUGGGUCUCCGGCCAAUUCAACUCUUAGAAAUCAAAGCUCGCGGUCGUUUUGGGGCUGUGUGGAAAGCACAGCUGAAAAACGAUGUUGUUGCUGUCAAAGUUUUUCCCAUCCAAGAUAAGCAAUCUUGGCAGUCAGAGCAAGAAAUAUUUAAACUGGCGCAUAUGGAUCAUGAAGACAUAUUACGCUAUAUAGGAGUUGAAAAGCGAGGGGACAACCUUCAAGCUGAGUUUUGGUUAAUAACUGCGUAUCAUGAGAAAGGAUCGCUAUGUGACUUCCUUAAGGCUAAUGUUGUCACAUGGCCUGAAAUGUGCAAAAUUGCGGAGUCUAUGGCAAGGGGCCUAAUGCAUCUGCACGAGGAAAUACCAGCAAAUAAAGCUGAUGGAUACAAGCCAGCAGUCGCGCAUCGUGAUUUUAAAUCGAAAAAUGUUCUCCUUAAAGCUGACAUGAGUGCCUGUAUAGCUGACUUUGGGUUAGCUUUAAUCUUUCAUCCUGGGAAGCCAUGCGGUGAUACGCACGGACAGGUAGAGAUAGUUGGUACCAGACGUUAUAUGGCUCCUGAGGUACUGGAAGGUGCAAUUAACUUUACCCGUGAUUCGUUUUUGCGGAUCGACAUGUAUGCUUGCGGAUUGGUGCUGUGGGAAUUAGCAUCAAGAUGUACUGUCCAAGAUGGUCCCAUUGGAGAAUACAGACUUCCUUUUGAGGAGGAAGUUGGCCUUCACCCAACAUUAGAAGACAUGCAGGAGAGCGUUGUUGUUAAGAAGGAACGCCCUCUCAUAUUAGAAACUUGGCGAAAGCACCCGGGUCUUUUAUCACUCUGUGACACAAUGGAAGAGUGUUGGGAUCAUGAUGCUGAAGCUCGAUUGUCAGCAUCGUGUGUUAUGGAGAGAGUUGUUACAUUAGGCAGAAUGUUACAUCUUAACUCAUCUACUUUGAUACGCAUGGACCACAAUAAUGAGUCUCUUACCACCAAGGAAUCUAGUAUGUAGUUAAUUUGUAUGUAUAUUAGCUGUAGCUGCACAGCACAACACCACUUCCUGUUCCAUAUAUUGCUUUACGUGCCAAUAUGAAGCAAUCGUAAUCAUGAGGUCAAUUUUUAUUUAAUAUUUGGCAGCUAUAAACAUUUGAGACACGACUUUGCAAUCGUUAAUAUAGCACGACUCGAUAGAGUUGGAACAAUAUCCCUACUCGACAUCAGCCAGUUCCAAACUGUGAUUAAAAUGUCGUAUUUGUUUCCCAAUGGCCACAUACUGUCCAAGAUUCAUUUAAUUUGUGGUGCUUGUGCAAAUUGAAUGUAUGACAAAUUAUUUAAAACCGAUGACAGUCGAAUAGAUAUGGAAACAAAUAAGUAGUUGUGUACACGUUAAAAGUUGACUACUCAAAACGAGUCUGCUGGCCCAAAUGCCCUUCAAUGAAUUGUACCAUGGGUUUAUGAAAAAAGCACGGGCAAACGUAUGUUUGGGAUAAAUCUUGUUAAUUUGAACAGUAAUAAGUUUGCUACUCUUCAAGUAGAAUGAUUCAUUCUCUCCCCUAUAAUUCUGUAUGGAUUCAUUUCGGUUCUCAAUUAUUACCUGUAGAAUACCACCUAUUCACUUCAUCGUUGUUAGUGAAAUCUGAAACAUUAAAGCGGACCUUGUUAACUGUUGCAACACAUAUCUUAAUAAAUUUACGGAAAUGAAACAGUGGUACAAAAAAUAUUCAGCUCGCAUUGGCAGCAAUUAAUCCUAAUAAAUCGAAUAUUGCAACAUUGAGUGGAGUACAUAGAAAGAUGCAAGUACCUUUCUUUUAUUCGAAUAAACUGAAUCUUCCAAAAUAUACAAAUAACUAUUAAAACUGUUUUUAAAGUCUUGUCUCUUAUCUUCUUCUAUUAUAAUUCUUUGGUACUCACUACAAUAUAUAAUUUUAGUAUGGAGUAAUUUGUAGAUUGAAGUGAAAUUGUUUGCUUCUUGGCGUUUAAGAUUAGAAACAGAAAAUGUCAUGGUUGAUGAUCAUUGUUCGCCGGACUUGAAAUUAGAUGGUGCAAAAACGUGAACCGAUUCAUAAAUAUUUCGAAUUCAUGAUUUUCAAGCUUGUACAGUGGUUUUGAGCUGGAGUUUUUGAAUAACUUCGAGGCACUUGUUUCUCUGUUUAGAGCAUAUUUUAAGUGAGUGUCUUUGGCACUACUUGAAAAUUUUUACGUUCAAAAGUUUAUUCAAAUAUGACUGGUUUUUCAACAGCGUAGCACGGUAUGCGUGCGUUUCAUGUGUGUGAGUGGGUGGGCGAGUCUGUGUGUUCUGCUUUAUGUGCGUGUGCGUGUGUAUGAUUUGAUAUUUUGAAUAAGUCCCGGUAUCAAUAAUUACCUUAUAUAGUAUGUACUAACUAUAGAAAAGUGAAGCUACUCAAAGAAUAUUAGCACGUUCUCGAUUAGUCUUGCAAAAUUGUUGCGCUCAAACUUAUAAGCUAUUCAUUUGUGCUUGUGGGGACCCAGCUCAAUCCAGCCACCCCGCAGACUUCAUCCCUUCGAUGUUUUUUUCCAAUGAUAUCUUGCCAUUGAAAAGUGAUAUCAAUCAAAAAUAAGAUCAUCAUUGAAUUCACACUUAAUCCAUUUUAAAUCAAUUCUCGCCAACUAAAACGUGAUGUAAAAAUCUUGAAAUUUUGUUCCCAAACUUUCGGUUUCAGUGCUAACCCAACAAAGACCUUUUUGUUGACACAACUUUUGCAUCUCCAGAUAUCGUCGAUUGAUAACUCUUGGAUUUCAAGAAUUAAAAAGACUUUGCGCAGCUUACACCUCCGGAACGGGCUCCCGAAAGAUUGUGAAUUAAAACGAGGGAGGUACUAAUCACGUGGUAUAAGAAAAUUUCCAAAGGAACAAAUAAAUCGAAGGUGUUGAUGGCUGGUGGGUGGUCGAAUUGAGCUGGAUUCCCACAUUUACAUUCAAUCAUUUCUCAAUUAUUCAGGAAAUGCAGUCAGCAUCUAUUACUGUGCAAGCAUAUAGAGACAGAUUUAUUUGUCAAGAAAAUAGCCUCUCAGUUAUAUCUAUUCUAUUAGAAACCACAGAUAGUCUUGUCAAUUACCAGUACUUUGUCAGCACUGGUCAAAAAACAUACAAUACCUGUCUAGUAAUUCAUCAUUGUACAUUCAUUAUUAUUGUAAUCAUGUUAAUAUAUGAACUGUUUAAUAACCAUUGGCACUUGCGGAUACAGGUAUAUUUUACCUUACAGUAUAAAAUUGUAAGUAACUAGUUAAAUAUAACGAAUAAUCAUGAGAUUGUAGUUCCUAACUGCAGUGCAACAAAUAUAUAGAAGACAAAUUUCGCAACUGCAACCAUUGAAGGUACGAAGGAUGGAAGAAAAAAAAAUUGGCAUACAAUUUGUAAUUUGAUGAGUAAUUUGCCUACCUUAUUCUCAUCCCUGAAACAUUCAAUAGUUAAAGUAGAUGAAUUGCUUGUUCGUAUUUUCUUGUGAUAACGUUACAAACUUCAAUCUCAUAAAUAAUUAAGUACCUAAAUGUAAACAAACGUAGUACUUUGACUGUACUAAAAAGCAUACAUUCUCAAUAUUGCAUCAAAUCCUGAUCCUAAUAGUCAAGCGUUUACCGCAGACAUAUAGAGACUGCCAAUGCUUACAAGGUGCGUCCAGUUAUCAUGGACAAUGGGCAAUGAGAGACACACAGGGAAAUUAAAGUAUUCUGCAAUUAUCUGCUCGAUUAACAUUACUCUCGCACUCAACGAGUUGGUACCCAUGAGGCGCGAAUGUGGAAAUUACCACUAGUCCUACUCGGCAGUACCAAAGCUCCUGAAGUGGGUUUGGGCCGGGUCAGGAGUCUUGAUAUACAUUUAAUCAACGAUUAAAGUAUGGACAUUGGGUUUCCGUAUUUUGUGAUAUGACCUAACGAGAGUUUAAGUACUUUUAAACAAGAAUAUUGGCAGCUAAGAAAACGAAAAAUUUUCUCACUAUACAAAAAUUUCAUGGGAAAUUAGAGAUCUAGCGGUUGGCAAGUACCUCCGCUGCCUGCUUUUUAGUACCGUUUGUGUAACUAUGUAGAAAUACAUUUGAGUUACAUUUUAGGCGGUUAAUUUUAUAAUUGUUUUUAAUAAAAAUCCUGAAUGCAUCUAUUACUAUAUGUAGGCUGUAUCAUAACAAAGACCAUGGUCAGAAAAUAUAUGCACCCCAGUGCAUAUAGACUAUUGUAAAUAUAUAUAAAAUGAAUUAGCAUGUAGGCAUAUGAUAAAAUAAUUUUUAUUUAUCUCAAUAAGUAGCGUGUAAACUGAAGAAAUGGAAUGUUCCUAUAUGUACAAGGUAGCUUCGGCAGAUUACUACUUGAUCUUUUUUUUUUUCCCCCGAUAUGUUCUGAAAAUAAGAAAAUGUAUAGUGGGGAUUACACUUGAUAAUUUGCAUAAUAGCGUUUCAAAAAUACGUCGACGUCGUUAAUUUUCAAGAUGGUGAUCUGUAAUAGAGCUACAAAGUGGUAAAACUUUGAUACAGAUUUUUGGAUGCUUGCACAAUGCUUGUCUGUAUUAAAAAAUUUUAUUUAACUUUGGCAUCUUUGUUUUCUUGAACUACAGCUUCACGCUAAUCGUUUGACGAGAAUUACUAACUGUACUGUAUUUCAGGUUCAUUAUCACUCGGUUUCGAGACACCGUCAGUUGUAAUGUUUUGUCUGUAACAUUUUUAGAUCAUCUACCCAGACGAUAAGAAUGUGUGAAAUCUAUGAAUUGUUGUUAAAUGAUAGCUUGUAAUUUCUAAACCUCAUUUGUAUAAUUAAUACUUUAUUAUGAGAACAUUCUGUUUGAAAGGAGUGUAAACUACAUAUUUACCCAUAAACUUUAUCAUUUUCUUUCUGUAAAAAUUUACUACAACUUACGUGUUUUAUUAUUUACGUAUUGAAAUAAUAAAAAAUAUCAAGACAUACGCUUAUCGCAAA